AUGAAGGCUUUUCCUCUCCUCAGCAGGUCGCUCGGCAGUCUAUUCACCCCCGACCUCAUCAGCCGGCCGACGCUGACCAAGUCGCUUGACAACCUGCGACGGUACUCUUCAUCCAUCGACCUCGCCGGCGCCGUCUCGGAUCCGCUGCGAAUCCUCUUCUGCGGCUCCGACACCUUCAGCUGCGCCUCUCUGAGAGCGUUGCACAGCGAACAUGCGCGGAAUAGCAAGCUCGUCGAAGCGCUCGAGGUCAUGGUCCUGCCACCCCGAAGGACCGGUCGGGGUCUCAAGCAGCUGCGUGAGGUCCCCUGUCGAGCCGUGGCAGAGGAGCUCGGCUUGCGGGUGCAUCAGAGGGAGACUUUUCGGAAAUGGGAUCUCCCAGACGGAACGAAUCUCGUCGUCGUCGUCUCCUUUGGCCUGUUCGUGCCGGCGCGGAUACUGCGCUCGGCCAAGUACGGCGGCGUCAACGUCCAUCCCUCGCUUCUACCAGACCUUCGCGGGCCGGCACCCAUCCACCAUGCCAUGCUUCGCGGAGACUCGCACGUGGGCAUAUCCCUCCAGACGCUUGACGACAAGGCCUUUGAUCACGGCACCGUGCUGGCGCAGACGCCGGCGCCUGGCCUGCCCAUCCACCCAGGCGCGUCUCUCCACGAGGUGAUCGACGACGCCGCCGCCGCGGGUGCCGAGAUGCUUGUCCAGGGCUUGCGCAACGGCCUGCACAUCCCGCCUCAUCAAAGUGUCGCCGGCAGGUCGAUCCCCGGACUACCGCUGACGCACGCACCCAAGGUCACCAAGGCCGAUUCCGAGGUCGACUGGGACGCGUGGGCGUCUGUGGGCGACUUUGCCCGUCGAAUUCGCGUCUUUUCCUCCGUCUGGACGCGCACCGUCCUCGCCGACGGGCAUGCGGAGAAGCGGCUCCUCUUCCUCGAUGCCGAGGAGGUCACCGAGGCCACCGCGGCUGGAGAGGAGUACUCCAUCGCCUUUGCGCACGGAGACGGGCGCAGGACGCAGAGGACGGGGCAAGUGUUCGCCAGACAUAUGCCGUCACAACCUGCACCUUCUGCAGAGACCAGCUAUGACGUUGGCAUCGCCGCCGCCGCCGCCGCCGCCGCCCUCACCGACCCAUACCGUCCAGCGACAAGUCCGGCGCGGCCGGCAAGCCAUUCACUGCCGCCAUCACCGACUUCUCCUAGCAAGGCCAUCGCGCUAAUCCCCGUCGUUGUUUUCCGGUCCGCCGCCCUCAUCAAGCCUCUUGCCAUCGACAUGUCCUGCGAUGACCUCUCUCUCAUCUUGGCGGCGGGGAGAGGGUGA